CACCACAUCAUCUCCCAUCAGCUUCUGCAGAGCCUUGACUCUAUUGAAUCACCAUGUCACGAUGCCAGCAGCAUUCAGCCAGCCCGUGCGCCGAUUGAUAGCUACUUAUCCUCUGGUUUCUCCGCCAUCAUUCCGCUAACCUUCCACUGCAUCGUUAUUACUCACCGCUGACGUUUCAGAAGCGCUGUAUACGCGUUGGGUAUGCGUAAUGAAGUAAGUUCAGCUCUCAUGGAUCUAUGGCCAGUGGUGCGUCUUGUUGGCAUAUGGAUGCUGAUGGGAUUUUUCUCAUCCUAUGCUCUGUCCAUUUGCCAACAUUUCCCAUACCAACGGGGGUGCAUUGCCAUUCUCCCCAUCUAUGGGUUAAACACACGCUGCCUCUGCGAUCGGUAGCCCCAGUACACCUCAUGCUACCUUGCAAUCAUCGGUAUCGUUGCCGCCAUCGCCAACGUGCUCCCUCAGUAGCGCUGCAUCGAUCAUUGAGAGUGUGCACAGGCGCGGUCAAAGGCGUUAUCAGUGAAGUAAGACAAACGCUUGUUGAGUCUCCUGUGGUCGUGGUCAACGUCCCAGCGCAGAGGAAUCCUGAUCACGAUGCUUUCGUUCGUGUCCUAUCUGAUCCCCAUGCCGUGGCUUACUCAUAUCAGUGCUCGCUUGCCGAGUACAUCAUCCGCUGCACGCUACGAAGGCUGACUCGCUACUGUCAUACCACUCGCCAACCCCAUCUCUCGCAUUGCUUCCAUUUGGCGUGUCACUCCCACCAAGACCAGUCAUUUUUCCGCGUCACGCGACUGCCACUCAUGAAUAUAUGCUCUUACCACAGGAAUUUCUGGCUUCUAGCAGGCCUUCGCCGUGAAGCGCAAGCGCCUUAAGCAAGUCUAGACACCCGUCGUCAUCGGCCUCUUCCGCCGCGUCGUCGACGUGCACGUGGGAGUGCAGUGCUCCCUGAGGUCUGGAC